GUAAAGGUCGGCCCCCGCAAGAUGGCGGCCCCCUUGGAACUCAGUUGCUGGGGAGGUGGCUGGGGGCUCCCAUCGGUUCACAGCGAGUCCCUGGUGGUGAUGGCUUAUGCCAAAUUUUGUGGUGCACCCUUGAAAGUCAAUGUGAUAGAUAACACCUGGAGAGGUUCAAGAGGCGAUGUACCAAUUUUGACAACUGAAGACAACAUGGUUUCUCAGCCAGCAAAAAUACUAAACUUUUUAAGAAAACAGAAAUAUAAUGCUGAUUAUGAACUCUCAGCAAAACAAGGAGCAGAUACAUUGGCUUACAUUGCUCUCCUUGAAGAGAAGCUUCUCCCUGCAGUGCUUCACACAUUCUGGGUUGAGAGUGACAAUUACUUUACUGUGACAAAGCCAUGGUUUGCUUCACAAAUUCCUUUUCCUUUGAGUUUGAUCCUGCCUGGAAGAAUGUCUAAGGGAGCACUGAACAGGAUUCUCCUGACCAGAGGACAGCCUCCGCUCUACCACCUCCGAGAAGUGGAAGCACAGAUAUACAGAGAUGCCAAGGAGUGCCUAAAUCUUCUAUCAAACAGAUUGGGAACAUCUCAGUUUUUCUUCGGAGAUACGCCUUCUACCUUGGAUGCCUAUGUUUUUGGUUUUCUUGCACCUCUUUACAAAGUACGGUUUCCUAAAGUUCAGCUACAAGAACAUCUGAAACAGCUCUCCAACCUCUGUCGCUUUUGUGAUGACAUCCUGAGCAGUUAUUUUAGGCUUAGUCUUGGAGGCAUCUCUCCAGCUGGACAAGAAACGGUAGAUGCAAAUCUUCAGAAACUCACACAACUUGUAAAUAAGGAAUCCAACUUGAUUGAAAAGAUGGAUGACAAUCUUCGCCAAAGCCCUCAGCUUCCUCCUCGGAAACUGCCAACACUUAAACUGACUCCAGCAGAAGAAGAAAAUAAUUCCUUCCAACGGCUUUCACCCUGACAGUAGUCAUGGUUUGUGGCCAAAGUCAAAUGAUUGUUGCAGUAAUCUCUUACACUAAGUGUGUGAAGGCAAAAAGAAGAUACCAUAAUAGGUAUUAAGGAAGACUCUAAACCAAAAGGAACUUUCUAUGACAUCUAUUUUUAUUACUAUUAUUAUUAUUAGGAAGCUUGUAUUCUAGCUUGGCACUGCAUUUUUAAUAACAUCAAAGAGAAUGCUAAUUGAACUUGGUGGGUGGGGGGAAGAAAAACACAUCGUACUGUAUACAAAAAACUGCCUUAAUCAUGGCAGAUUUUUGCCUUUGGUUCAUAGGUUGCUGACCAAAAGCUACAAUUCUGUUCUGAAUGUGCACUCCUAAUUUAUUUGAGUUAAUUUAUUCAAUUUAUUAACUUAGUUUUCUUAGACCAGGCUGAAUACCUAAUGUGUGGCUCUUUGGCUGAGGCUUUUUACUUCUGUUUAGAAAUUUGAUGCCUAUUUUAGGAACCAGAAAAAGAUAAAUUGCUUCAGUAGAAGAGACCAUAUUUAGCUUUAAAAAGUGAUGAGGAACGUGCUUUUAAAUUAUGCUCUCAUAAGUCUAAUCUUUUGGGGGUUUAGUAGCACAUAGAUAAAUAUUAAAGGUGGUUACAUAUAAUAACAUCUGAUAAUACUCAUUUCAGUAUAACAUUGGUCUUUGCUGAUGUGUUCGAUAUACGUUAGGAAGAGUUCUUUUAGUUUAGUUGGGCGAAUGUGGCAGUUUUAGACCUAUGUCUUUGUAGUACAUCUUUAGUUGUAUUUCUUGUAUUAAUUCCAGAAGAAGUGAAUGUACUGGUCAUCGUUACUAUGCUAGGCUGUAAAAUCUUACUGAAAUUGCCCUCUUGUUAGAUACUACUCAGGAGGAGCCCAUGGCCAGGGUAGUAGAAAUACUUACUGUGCAUCUGGUCCAAGUUUUUUAUGCUUGGCUCAGGCUAAUAUUCUUUCAUAAGAUGCAUAUCAUGUAGUCAGAAGCUUUCUGACAACCAAUUAUUUUCCAUAUGUUUCACUUACAGUCAAAGAAUACAAAGGAACAAUCAGAAAUAGCAGCUUUUAACAAAUAUUUUCUAUUUAUUGGUUGCUGAACUGUUAAGGGAUUUGCUGUGUGGUAAUUUUACUUAUAAUAGAAACUUGUUUAUUUUAGUGGUUGAGGUGCUUCUGUUGUCCUAAAACCACUUCUGAGGUUUUCAAAAUGUAGAACCAUGUUUUUGAUUAGUGUCUUAAAAGAUUAUUGUGGUGCUCAUGAAAUCUUAUCGAGUCCUGUAGGAACCCAUAUGUUAAGAAAACAAGCUUUGUAGUCAAAAGACUCAUCUAAUUUGAGCUGAGUGGAGCUCAGCUGUGUUUGACCCACAUCCUCCCAAUUUGUUCUGUAUUUAGGUAGUUAUUUAUACAGGAGUCUUUAAGUCAUUGUAAAUAGUUUUUCUUGAAAGUUUUAACUAAAUGAGAAAUAAGGUAGUCUUCAAAAUCUUGGUCAUCUGUUUGGACGUAUUUAGGGAAAGUACCUCAUGAGUUGCACAUUACUUCUACAAACAGGGUGUGUGUGUGUGUCUGUGUGUGUGUGUGUGUGUGUGUGUGUGUGUAUUAGGCAUCUUCAAAGGCAGAUUAUUAGAUUCCAGCAGUCUAAAAUCUGAUUCCAGCAGUCUGAAAUCUAAAUAUUUUAUAUUGGAAAUCAUGACUGUGAGACUUUAUUGUCCUCCGGGAUGGAUGUAUAUUGGAGAAAGGUGAUUAGCACAUUCAUCAGACAUGUGUUUAUGCUUUGGUCAAGGCCAGUCAUUUUUAAUUAUGAUUUAUAUCAGACCCUUCAAAAAGUAUUUGAAAUACAUUACAGUUAUAACAUACAUAACAUGUAUAUUACAAGCAUAUUACAUGUAAAACAGGACAAUUUAAAAAUUUUAAAUUUUAAAGAAUUAAAAACAUUAAAAAAUUUAAAUUAAAAAAAUUAAAAAUUUGCAGAACAAUAUCAACACUGACAGAUUCUAAAAUUAAGUGGUAAAUUUAACUCCAAGUUUCUCUAUGGGCAAAGUCAAAAGAUAAUGCUAGGUUAUGUCAAUUUUUGUUUCAAUAAAACUGCUGAUGUCCAUUAGCAAGAAAAAUGUGUUUAAAGUUUUACAGGAACGUGGAGCUCAUGUUCUUCUGAUAUGUAGACUUUGAUAAAGAAGCAUACUGUAAUAUUUCAUAACCUGAAAUUUUAAUCAAAAGAGGUCAUUUUAGAAUAACAAGUAUUUGUCUUUUUUAGUAGAGGGAAUGACUGUCAAUAUGAUUUAUUUGCUUUUGUGUCAUCCCUACUUCAAACUGCCAUAAGCCUUACAUUCUCACUAUAGUCCAUAAUGCUUCCAGAUCACCUUUCCUAAGAUGCAACAUGCGAUUUUAGUGAGAGUUUGUAUGUUGGGUUACUUAGUUGAGCUAUUUGUAUAUAAGCAGAUGAGAUGACAGGAAGCUGUAACUGAGCACAAAGUACUUUAGGGACCAAUCACACAUAUAGGAAGCUCUUAGAAAAUAACUUUUUUUUUUUUUGAGACAGAGUUUCGCUCUUGUUGCCCAGGCUGGAGUGCAGUGGUGCAAUCUCGGCUCACUGCAACCUCCGCCUCCUGGGUUCAAGCAAGUCUCCUGUCUCAGCCUAAGUAGCUGGGAUUACAGGCACGUGCCACCACACCCAGCUAAUUUUGUUUUUUUUUUAAAUAGAGACGGGGUUUGACCAUGUUGGUCAGGCAGGUCUCGAACUCCUGACCUCAAGUGAUCCACCCACCUCAGCCUCCCAAAGUGCUGGGAUUACAGGCAUGAGCCACUGCGCCCGGCCAAAAAAGAACAUUUUGUCAAUCUGAACAGAGCACAGAACAUUUUUUCAGACUGAACAGACUGCUAGACCAGCCUGUUUUAGAUAAAGUUUGAGUUCAUUGGGAUAAAUGGUCCCAAUCUUAAACAGAAUACUGUGAGCCAAUGCCUUUUGGAAGUGAUGGUGGAGGAUAAUAUGAUUAAAGGGAACAUGCUUGUGUUUAUUUUUGUUGGUAGUAUAUGAUUAGAAAAACUGGUCAGAUAAUUCCCAUCAGAUGAAGAUCUUCUAUGAACAAACUGCCAUCAAUCAUCCAUAAGACUGAUUUUUUUUUUUUAAGGAACACUAAAGAAGCUGUAAAGAACAUUGAAGGUGGUCAUUCCUUCAAAACUGUGUUUCGACCACACAAAAGGUGGGCAUUAACAAACCAAAUUUCAACUUAAGUCUGUAUUAUUUUGGGGGUGCUGCAAGACUGGAGAUUUUAUAAAAGCAAGCAUUUUUAUUUCCGUUUAUAAUUCGUAUUCAUUCAAUAUUGCUAGAUAUAUUAAUGUGAAGGAAUGGGGAAGCUUAUUUCAAUCAAAGCUAAAAUUUUCAGAAGUCUGUAAAAAUGGAAAAACACCAUUGAAAGAGGCAGAAAUAGGUAAUGGAGAUAGUAUCUUAGAAAACCUGUUGGUUAAGGCAGUGAUAAAAGUAGUAUUUGAACUUGGUAGUGCUUCCUUACAACCUCCUCCAAAAAUAUGCAUUUACCAGGCUUGUUACAUUUUUUUGACAGUUUUUCAUCAACUGUCAAAAACUUUAACCCUUUUAAAACCUAGAUAUAAAUGCUUACAUGUAAAGACAGGAAGCUAAGCAAUGGGUACCUGGAAUCUCUCUGAACUAUUUUUAUAACUUCUUGUGAGUCUAAGUAUUUCAAAAUAAAAGUGGUUUUAAAGUAAAUUCAUAGAUUAAAUGUAUCAUUAUCUAUAUAAACUAUGAUUUAAAACUUUAAUUUUCCAAACAUAGUAUUCAACUUAGUUGAAUAAAUAUAUGAUAGAAGUUAAAUACAAUUUUUAUUUCGUUCUUAAGAAAAACUCAUGUUUGUAACAAAUGACUUUAUCUAAAGAUCUAUUUUGCCUUACCA